AUGAGUGACGACAAAAGUAUUCACGGUGUUGGUCAUAUUUCAAGUGAUGAAUUCAUGAAAGAGGUAUUACGAAAUGAAUCAGCACAACAAGAAAUACUCCGUCAAUUACGUAAUAAUUUUGCAUUAUUAACGGUAGAACGUGUUAGCCCUCGUGGCAGACUAGUUCUCGAAGAAAAUGAAUACCCACUGUCUCGACUUAUAUCUGAUAUUGGCGGUAAUAUGGGAUUGUGGAUCGGUAUAUCUGUGAUUGUUUUAUUUGAAUCUUUCGAACUCAUCGGUUUUAUCAUAUACGCAUCAAUUAAUUAUUUUAAAAGCUUGACAAUGCGUUUAUUCAAAUCAUGA